GGAAAUUUUGACAUUCCGCCACUGGGCAGGGUGACUGGCCUAAAUAAAAAGGAGCUUCCCUUUAGGACUUCAAUAGUCAAUGCAAACAUUGAGACAAGCAAUGCUGCGUAAGGGUGUUACGGAGAGCUUCGGAGCCGCCAUCCACGCCCUGGGCGCCAGCCACCUGACGGACGGCGUGAUAAGGCGCAGUAAACGGAUGAUGCUGGACACCCUGGGCGUGGGCCUGCUAGGAACCAGGACGGACGUCUUCGACAAAGCUCUCAAGUACAGCCAGUUGUUCCAGUCAGAGGAGAAGAGCAGCGUUUGGGGGAAAUCAGACAUAUCUGUAUCUCCUCACUUCGCCGCGUUUGCUAACGGCGUAGCUGUUCACUCCAUGGACUUUGACGACACAUGGUAUCCCGCCACUCAUCCCUCAGGGGCGGUGCUGGCCUCACUGCUCGCCUUGGCGGAGGUUACGCCCAUGACGCCUUCCGGCGUGGAACUGUUGCUGGCUUUCAACGUUGGCAUCGAGGUGCAGGGCAGACUCUUGAGGUUCUCCAGGGAGGCCUUUGACAUCCCGAAAAGAUUCCAUCCUCCCAGCGUGGUUGGCGUGAUGGGCAGCACAGCGGCCUGUGCCAAGCUUUUGGGUUUAUCCUCCCGGCAAUGCGCCAACGCUCUGGCCAUCGCGGCGUGCUCAGCCGGGGCGCCGCUGGCCAACGCCGCCACCCAAACCAAACCCCUGCACAUGGGCUACGCCGCCCAGAGGGGCCUGGAGGCCGCUCGGCUAGCCCAGGCAGGCCUGGAGGGCAACCCGGCCAUAUUGGACGUGGAGCACGGCUUCGGGGUUUACUAUGAAGACUACAACCCGUCUGCAAUGACGCUCCCUGGUGUCGGCGGAUCAGGUUGGGUCCUCGAGGAACAAGACGUGGCCUUCAAGCGCAUACCCGCUCAUUUGGGAAUGCACUGGGUGGUGGAUGCCGCUCUGACGGCUCGCGCUAAGAUCCCAAACUUGGACGUGAGUCAGAUAAAACGCAUCACACUGAAAGUUCCACCUUCCAAGUACAUCGACUGCGCUUUUCCCACCACGGAGCACCAGGCCAGGCAUUCGUUCCAGUUCAACGCCUGUUCCGCCAUCUUGGAUGCCGGCAUGUCGGUGGGAUCAUUCAGCAAAGCUCAAAGGGAGCGUCGGGAUCUUAAAGAGCUCCUGGGAAAAGUAGAGGUGCACGUUCCUGGGGAUAACCUGGCCAGCUUUGACAAGAUGUACAGCGAGGUUGUCAUAGAAACCAAUCAAGGGGAGAGCUUCUCGGCAAAGUGCGAUACAUUCUACGGACACUGGAGGAAGCCACUGAGGCAGGAGGACCUGGUGGACAAGUUCAUGGCCAAUGCUUCUUUCGUCUUGAGUUCAGAGGGAGCUGAAGGGGUGCUGGACACUAUAGGCAACAUAGAAACAGAGAAAGAAUGCACAGCAUUGCAUUCAUACUUGAAAUUGACGACUGAGCAACGUGAGCGCCGUUAUGGCUUAAGGACUUGGUCUCAAAGUGGAUGAGGAAAAAUAAGGCAAUGUUCUUACACUGCAUAUAUCGUUGCACGUGAAUGAAAAUCAAGUAUUGUAUUAACCCCUAAAACUUACUUUAAUACAUACUAGCUUUCUAAAGAUUUUUUUCAGAAUUAAACAAUGAAGUCAUGUUUGUAAAAAUGUACUGUAGUCAGUCUGACUUAAUGUAUUUUUAAAACUAAGUGUACAAGAUAAUUUAAAACUUUUAUAGUGCAAUAAAAAACAUGUAUUUCUACUUUUUUUAUGUAUUGAUAAAACAAAACUCAUACUCAGAAGCUGAUUCUUUUUUUUUUUACCAAGGGGAAAAAAAAAAUCUUUUUGUAGCUAUGGAUUUUUGCAUUUCUUUUGGUAUAAAACUGUCUUUUAAUGCACACAAAAAUGCAUAUUAUUAUUAUUAUUAUUGUCCAAUGAAAAACCUGCAUGUCAAAAGUUUGAUUCUGAUAAAUAAAAUUGGGAAAAGGCAAUGA